AUGUCAUUCAAUCGAAUCGCUGUCUAUGGCCAUCGUGGAUGGGGCAGCUCCAGCAUCGUCGACGCGUUGAUUGCGUCGGGGGCGCCAGUCAAGAUCCUGUAUCGCCACGGCUCGGACAUCUCGAGCCUUCCCGGCCACGUCACCAAGGUUGAGGUAGACGUCGACGAUGAGGCUGCACUUAUCGACGCUCUGCAAAAUAUUGACAUUGUGGUAUCUCUUGUUGGACAUGAAGGUGUCCGUAGACAACACGGAUUCGUCAAGGCCAUUCCCAAGACAAACGUCAAGCUGUUCUCGCCUUCAGACCUUGCGGCACGUUAUGACGAGCAAGGCCUGAGGGUCAGUGUCAACAAAGAGAAAGACGAGGUCGAGAAGGCUGCCAAAGCCGCCGGAAUCCCGACGACUGUCGUGCUCGUGGGCAACUUUGCCGAAUUCGCCCUCAACACUCCGGGUAUGGGCGUGGACUCGGCCGGGAACAUGAUCACCCACUCCGGCAACAGCGCGGAUGAGAAGCUGAACCUCUGCACGAGAAAGUACGUGGCUGCAGCCUACGCGUCCAUUUUCGCGGCCACGCCUAUCUCCCAGCUCGAGAACCGUGCCAUCGCCCUCUGCGAGCUGGCACCCACAGGAAGGGAGAUCGAAGCUGCACUGGAAGCGAAGCACGGCGUUGCGCCGCAGGUCUCUACUCACAGCCUCGACAGAGUCAACGGCGAGGUGGAAGGCGGCCUUCAGUCCGGCAGCCCCUUCGCCUUGGCUUGGUACUGCCGCAAGAUCUGGGCCACAGGUCAGCAGUGCCAGAUGGUGGGAACCGACUUUUGGGAGGUCGAUGGUUACGACAAAGCAACUCUUGAGGAUCUGGUUGUCAGAGGAAAGCUGGAGGCCUAUCGGGAGAUGCCGCCACAGGUCGCUGAGUAUUUCAAGCAGUGCUUCUAA